ACAUACGAUGUACUUGUGGACUCACUGCGAGCACGGAUCAAAUAAAAACAAUGUACUAAUGACAGAUGUUUUAUAUCUUUUUUAUUAAUUUCAUUAAGAUUGAAGUUUAGAGUAAGUCGGGUUGCAAAGUUGGUCGUCACAUUUAGGCAGCAUAUAGGCCUGAAGUCUGAACGCCAUUGCCAUGAGUUUCAUCAACAGUAUGGAUGGGACGAUUUCAGCUAAACUAAGCAGGUCACAGUACUUGUGAGUCAUCAACACUAGUGUCUCAGGAACCUUUGGUGAGUCCUCCACUUAGUAUCGCUGUGUAAAUAUCCAGCUUCUAAUAAUCCCUCUACCUAACCUCAGAGCAGUGGUAUUAUGACUGAUCCAAAAUGCAAAGAAAAGGAUGCCCCUAACAGCCUGUCCAAUAGAGAUGCCAUUGAACUUCCUGAUGAUCUGUCUUUAAGCGACUCUGAUUCUGAUGAGCCCACAGAGCAUUUUAGCAGAAAGGUUGAGGACUUGUCUUCCUCGGAAGAGGAAGAAGAUGCUCGGCCUCGCCUGCCUGUUCCUCAGUACAAUCCCACCUUCAGACUGACAGGUGGGAGCUCUGGUUUCUGUGAUCGUAGCAAGGACAUCUUCACACAGUUGGAUAGUGCUGCAAAGCUCACUUCUAAACAGCUAGGUGAAGACAACAUUCUUGAUGGUAUGUUUGCGCGUCCUGCUCCACCGUCACCUCCAGAUGUAGCUCAAGGGAAGUGUGAUGUUGACCCAGAGGCAACCAAAACACAACCUUUGGGUAAAAAGCUCCCAAACUAUCUUGCACAUCCUGAGCGCUGGACCCACUACAGCCUUGAAGAUAUCCCUGAAACCAUUGACCAGGUGGCUCCUCAGGACAUACAAGGGCUUCAAGAAAGCAAGAGGUCUCAGAAUGCCGUGUUGGAGACUUUUACUCCAGCUUUCAAUCAGGAUCAUGCCAGCAGCUAUGAUAACAAGAUUGUGUUCACUAAACCCAAGAGCAAAGAUCAAAGCAGGAACAAACUUGACCAUCUUAGCAAGGAAGAGGUUGGACUUAAACACUUGGAUGAUGGACAAGAUAAUGAAGAAGGAGAGUCUACACCUCUUCAUCACCUUGGCUCAUGGAAGAAUGAAGAGAAGAAAAGGAAGUGGUUUCCUGAGAAAGAGAAGGAAGAGGAAGACAAAAAGGUGACCAGUGUUGUCUUCAACAGUGGCAGGAAAUUAAACCGCAAACGUUUUCGUAAAACAAUUGAGGAUGAGGAAGGCGCAGAGUGAACUUUAAUCCUUAAAAACUUGUUUUUAUGUUUGUAUGGACAUGAAACCUCCCAUUAUUUUGUAUUACCAAUAUUGUUUUUGGCAUUUCUGGGUUAAUGGCUCAAUGAAAAUGAUCAAGUAAUAAAUUACUGACUUCACAAAGUAUCCUUUGCAUAAAUUAGCUGUCACUUGUCUGCAGUGGUAUCAGUGUUUUAGUGUAUGCAAAACUAUUCUGAAGUACUGUGUCAGUUUUUAUGAUCACUUUUCAUAAACUCAAUUAUGUAUGUACUUUAAGAUGAUAUUAAACAACGGUCCAGUGUCUUGACAUGACAGUAAACGUAUAAAGCUCAAUGUUUUGCAUGCCCAUAUUUGUAUGAAUGAUGAGCGAUGCAAAUAAGGAGAUUAAUUACAGCACAAAUAAUACUGUAUCCAGAUCACAGACAAGUCUGUAACCUCUGGAAAAUAUGAAGCACUUAAAUGACUUAAUUACUUAAAGCUCAAUCAACAGCAUUUGUGGCAUGUUGAUUACCACAGAAUUAAUUUUGACUUGUCCCUCCUUUUCUUUAAAAA